CCCCUCCCCCCCGGGCCACGGCGGCCGAGUGCUCCGCCCGAAGGCGGGUCCGCCAUAAACAAACGCGGCUCGGUUGCACGUGGACCGCUGAGCUUGUGCGCCUCGCGACAGAUCGCGGGCUCCGGGCGCCGCAUCUCCAGGCCCAGGGAACCGCCAGGGAGGGCAGGAGAGCUCACCCGGGCCGGGCCCCAGCCGCGUCCGCUCCCCUCCCGCUCCAUGGCUCCGCAGCCGCAGCCGCCCGUGCCGUCCUCCAGCCCGGAGGGGCCUCGCGGCAGCGGGUACGAACACCCGGUCAAGGACUAAACAGCACCGCCGCCUCCUCGCCGGCCACUCUCCACCCCUAAGGAAAGCCGAGGCAGGGGAGAGAAGAGGGAGAAAGGAAGAGCGAGCCGAAGCGAGCGGGAAGCCAGGGCUCGGGUCGCCGCGGGACAGUCCGGCCCGGAGGAGGCUGCGCGCGGGGCGGCGCCCCCGGUUUGCGCCGAGCUCCCGGCCCACGGCUGCAAACAGGCGUCUUGGUGCCCCUGGUCGGCCCCACGCACCUGCCCGCGGCCGGCGCCCCACGCUCACCUGGUCUGCGGGGCCCCCUUCCCCAUCGCCGCCGCUGCAGCCAGAGCGGAGCUCCGCGGGCCUGGAGCACGGCCGGGUCUAAUAUGCCCGGAGCCGAGGCGCGAUGAAGGAGAAGUCCAAGAAUGCGGCCAAGACCAGGAGGGAGAAGGAAAAUGGCGAGUUUUAUGAGCUGGCCAAGCUGCUGCCGCUGCCGUCGGCCAUCACCUCGCAGCUGGACAAGGCGUCCAUCAUCCGACUCACCACGAGCUACCUGAAGAUGCGCGCUGUCUUUCCCGAAGGUUUAGGAGACGCGUGGGGACAGCCGAGCCGCGCGGGGCCCCUGGACAGCGUCGCCAAGGAGCUGGGAUCGCACCUGCUGCAGACUUUGGAUGGAUUUGUUUUUGUGGUAGCAUCUGACGGCAAAAUCAUGUAUAUUUCGGAAACAGCUUCUGUGCAUUUAGGCUUGUCCCAGGUGGAGCUCACGGGCAACAGCAUUUACGAGUACAUCCAUCCUUCCGACCACGAUGAGAUGACAGCUGUCCUGGCAGCCCACCAGCCUCUUCACCAUCACCUGCUCCAAGAGUAUGAGAUCGAGAGGUCGUUCUUUCUUCGAAUGAAGUGUGUCUUGGCGAAAAGAAACGCCGGCCUGACCUGCAGCGGAUACAAGGUCAUACACUGCAGCGGCUACUUGAAGAUCAGGCAGUAUAUGCUGGACAUGUCCCUGUACGACUCAUGCUACCAGAUUGUGGGGCUGGUGGCCGUGGGCCAGUCACUGCCGCCCAGCGCCAUCACUGAGAUCAAGCUGCACAGCAACAUGUUCAUGUUCAGGGCCAGCCUCGACCUGAAGCUGAUAUUCCUGGAUUCCAGGGUGACCGAGCUGACUGGGUACGAGCCACAGGACCUGAUCGAGAAGACCCUGUACCAUCACGUGCACGGCUGCGACGUCUUCCACCUGCGAUAUGCGCACCACCUCUUGCUGGUGAAGGGCCAGGUGACCACCAAGUACUACCGGCUGCUGUCCAAGCUUGGCGGCUGGGUGUGGGUGCAGAGCUGCGCCACCGUCGUGCACAACAGCCGCUCGUCCCGGCCCCACUGCAUCGUGAGUGUCAAUUAUGUCCUCACGGACAUCGAAUACAAGGAACUGCAGUUGUCCCUGGACCAGGUGUCCACGUCCAAGUCCCAGGACUCCUGGAGGACCGCCUUGUCUACCUCACAAGAAACUAGGAAAUUAGCUAAACCCAAAAACACGAAGAUGAAGACAAAGCUGAGAACAAACCCUUACCCCCCACAGCAGUACAGCUCGUUCCAAAUGGACAAACUGGAAUGCGGCCAGCUCGGAAGCUGGAGAGCCAGCCCCCCCGUCCACACCCCGGUUCCCCCAGAACAGCAGCUCCAUUCAGAAGGCAGCGACCUUCUGUACGCGCCGUCCUACAGCCUGCCCUUCUCCUACCAUUACGGACACUUCCCUCUGGACUCUCACGUCUUCAGCAGCAAAAAGCCAAUGUUGCCGGCCAAGUUCGGGCAGCCCCAAGGGUCCCCGUGCGAGGUGGCACGCUUUCUGCUGAGCGCGCUGCCAGCCAGCGGCGAGUGCCAGUGGCAGUAUGCCAGCCCCCUAGUGCCGGGCAGCCCGUCUCCAGCUAAAAGUCUUUCCGAGCCGCCGGUGAACCCUGCUCGGCACAGCCUCGUGCCAAGCUACGAAGAACACUGCAACUGGCAUCCUGUGAUCGGACCUCGCGGGCCCGGGACGCACGCGGGAAGGGGCGAGGGCGGCUCCGGGGCUCGAGCGCGCGGGCGACAGGGGUGGCCCAGGGGUGGUGGCGGCCCCAGGGCCCUCCGGCUUGGCGUCGCUCUGGGCAUGUCCCCUUCCUCCCCCGCGCGGGCGUCUAACGUGUCGCCUGUCCCCGCAGCGCCCGCCGCAGCCGCGCGGAGGUUCGGCGAGGACACCGCGCCGCCGCUGCCGAGCUUCCCGAGCUGCGGGCACGACCGCGACGAGCCGGCGCUGGGCCCGGCCAAGGCCGCCCGCCAGGCCGCCCGCGACGGGGCGCGGCUGGCGCUGGCCCGCGCGGCCCCCGAGUGCUGCGCGCCGCCGGCCCCCGAGCCGCCGGGCGCGCCGGCGCAGCUGCCCUUCGUGCUGCUCAACUACCACCGCGUGCUGGCCCGCCGCGGGCCGCUGGGGGGCGCUGCGCCCGCCGCCCCCGCCCUCGCCGGCGGCCCCGGCGCCCCCGACGCGGCGGCCGGCGCGCUGCGACCCCGGGCCCCCGACCCCGCCGCCGCCGCCUCGCCGCCCGGCGCGCCCCUGCCGCACUACCUGGGCGCCUCGGUCAUCAUUACCAACGGCAGGUGA